ACACUUGAAAUUAUUGCUGAACAAGGUGUUGAUGCUUUUUAUACGGGUGUAUUAGCUGAUAAAAUUAUUAAAGAAAUUCAAGAUCGUGGUGGUAUUAUUACAAAACAAGAUCUUGCCGAUUAUCAAGUCGAUUUUGAUGAAGCAUUACAUAUUCCUCUUAAGAAUUCAUUAACUGGAUUUACAUCACAAGCACCAUCAAGUGGACCGAUACUUAUUUUUAUUUUAAAUAUUCUUCAAGGAUAUAAUAUGCUUGAAAAUAAUUUUAAAAACACAUCAACAUCAGCAUUAUUUUAUCAUCGUCUUAUUGAAGCAUUUAAAUUUGCUUAUGCUAAACGAAAUGAACUUGGUGAUCCAUCACAAAUAAAUAUCAAUGAUCUUAUUCGUAAAUUAACAUCAAAAGAUUAUGCUGACAGUAUACGAGCACGGAUUGAUGAUCAUAAAACCUUCAGCUUUGAAUAUUAUGGAGAAACAUGGCUUGAUAAACUCACAACAGGUACAUCUCAUUUAUCUGUUAUUGGAUCUGAUGGUGAUGCUGUUGCAAUGACAUCAACUAUUAAUCUUUAUUAUGGUUCAAAAGUUCUUGGUCCUGAAACAGGCAUUAUUUACAAUAAUGAAAUGAAUGAUUUUUCAAUUCCAAAUACAAUAAAUUUUUUUGGUAUUCCAGCUAGUCCAGUUAAUUUUAUAGCACCUAGAAAACGAUCUGUGUCAUCAGCAUCACCAUUAAUUCUACUAAAAAAUGGUCAUAAACGUGUACAACAAGCUAUAGGCGCUAGUGGUGGCACUAAAAUAACCACAACUGUUGCACAAGUUGUAAUGCUUAAUUUAUGGUUUAACAAAAAUAUCAAAGAAGCUAUUGAUGCGCCAAGACUUCAUUCACAAUUAUUACCACAAGAAGUUAUGGCUGAACACGGUUUUGAUUAUAUGAAUUAUACAAAUAGAAAUAUCUUCUACCAACUUAAACAACGUGGUCAUAAUAUAACAUAUAGUGAAUAUGGUUUUUCUACUAUACAAGGUAUUGAAUGGCGUGAUGAGGUUAAUCAAUAUUGGGCCAACUGUGAUAUACGUAAAGAUGGUGCACCGGAUGGAAUUUUUUAG